GUCUUUCUCUGUCUUGUUUUCUCUGCAAUACUACGGAAUGCAUCUGGCGUUUCCCACUAUUCUAUUCCUGAGGAAAUGGAAGAAGGAUCUGUUGUAGCCAAUUUAGCCACUGAUUUGGGAUUGGAUUUGAGAACUCUGAAUAAACGAAAAAUGCGUCUUGAUCUCAUCGCAAAUAAAAAAUAUCUCGAAGUGAACAAAGAGACAGGGGAGCUCUACAUCGCAGAGAAAAUCGACCGUGAAUAUUUAUGCAUCACAAAGACAUCGUCUUGCUACCUUAAAAUGGAUGUCAUUAUUGAAAAUCCCAUACGUAUGUUUAACAUCGAAUUAGAAAUACUUGAUAUCAACGACAAUGCACCCCGUUUUAGAAGGGAGACAAUAUAUCUGGAUAUUUCAGAAUCGACUCCGGUCAGAGAAAGAUUUUCUCUGACCAACGCUGUCGAUCCAGAUAUCGGUUCCAAUUCCGUAAACACAUAUCAUCUUGGCGAAAAUGAGCAUUUUGAUAUUGAAAUACAGUCGGGCAGAGAUGGUUCCAAAUUUGCUGACUUAAUUCUGAAAAAGGCUCUAGACAGAGAGGAGUUGGCUGUGCAUAAUCUGAUAAUCACUGCCGUUGAUGGUGGGGUUCCUCCGCGUUCAGGUACAGCAAGCAUCCUUGUGCGCGUUCUAGAUACCAAUGACAACGCCCCUCGGUUUGACAAAAAAAACUACACUAUAAAUCUAUCCGAAAACUCUCCUAUUGGCAGCCUUGUUCUAAAAUUAAACGCAACAGAUUUGGAUGAGGGCUCCAACUCGGAACUGGAGUAUUUCUUUAGCCUUUAUACAUCAGAAAAGACUCAGGAGACAUUCAGCCUUAACCCCAAUACAGGUGAAGUUAGAGUUAAAGAAAUGAUAAAUUACGAGGAUUUCAGAAUAUAUGAAAUGGAGAUAAUAGCCAAAGACAAGGGAGUUAAUUCCUUGUCAGGACAAUGUAAAGUUACCAUUCUGGUAACAGAUAUGAAUGACAAUCACCCUGAAAUUUCCAUAAAGUCAUUUCAUAGUCCAAUUAAGGAGGAUGUACCUGUGGAUACGGUGAUUGCAGUAAUUAGUGUGAGUGAUAAAGAUUCUGGAGACAAUGGACAACUGGAUAUUCAUAUUUCUGAUCAGUUACCAUUUGCAUUAAAAGAAUCUUCAGAUAACUACUACGAACUUGUGGUUGCAGAACCUUUGGACCGUGAAAAAGUUCCAGAAUAUGACAUCACUAUUACGGUCAUAGACAGAGGUUCUCCCCCAUUAUCUGACAAUGAAACGAUAACCUUAGAACUACUGGACAUCAACGACAAUGUGCCACAGUUUCCUCAGUCUUUUUACACUAUACCUGUGAUGGAGAACAACGCGCCCGGGGCGUUGUUGAGUUCACUCACUGCUUUAGACCCUGACCUUCAUGAAAAUCAGUAUCUCGUUUAUUUUAUAAUCGAAAAGGAAAUAGUUAACACCUCUAUGUCCAUGCUAUUUUCCAUUAAUCCGGAAAAUGGUAAUCUUUACGCGUUAAAAACAUUUGACUACGAGAUAGAAAAGGAGUUCCUUUUCCACGUCGAGGCAAGAGAUUCUGGCCUUCCUCCUUUAAGCAGUAAUGUGACUGUUCACAUUAUUAUCAUGGACCAGAACGACAACACACCCAUGAUUGUGUCUCCUUGGCGUGCGCACGGCUCCGUGGUGGAAGAAAAAAUACCCAGAUCAACUGAUAAAGGAACUCUGGUAGCCAAAGUGAUUGCUAUCGACUCGGACUCAACACAGAACUCUCGGAUUACUUAUCAGUUUUUACAGAACACCGACGCCACGUUAUUUAGUUUGGACCAAUACAAUGGUGAGAUCCGUACAAUGAGAAUGUUCAGUUAUAGAGAUGCGCGUCACCAACGUUUGGUGGUGAUCGCCAAGGACAACGGAGAGCCUGCACUCUCUGCCACAGUCACAAUCAAACUGUCGACGGUGGAGACAGCUCUUAAAACUUAUUCUGACAUGACGGAAGUGCCUUUGGAGUAUGACAUAUUUUCAGACUUGAAUCUGUACUUGGUAAUCGGAUUGGGCUCGGUAUCAUUUCUGUUACUCAUCACCAUAUUGGUGACUGUUGUGCUGAAGUGUCAAAAUCCAAAGCCCAGCAAAGCGGCACCUCCUUGUAGGAACAGUGUGAUCAGUGAGAGGAACUCAACCGUUGCGGAUUCCACGCUGGUGUCCAAUGAUGCUUACUGGUACAGCUUGUUUCUGGCGGAGACGAGGAAGGGAAAGCUGGUAGUGAGACAGCCCGUGCCAAAGGGAACACGGUACAUCGUGUCCAGCAUUCCGAGAAGCACAGGUCUAACCGAGACCAGCGACUCAGCUGCAUCGACAUUACAGGUAAUGGCCUUUAAGGAAACUGCUGUUCUACGACGUGUAAGUAAUCACUAG